AUGAUCACGUUUGCCGUCUCGUCUGUGCAGCGCAAUGCGUGUCGCGAGACACCAUCCACUGCGUCGCCGGUCGCGAGCCUCAAGGCGUUUGCGAAAGAAGGCUGCAAGGACAUAGUCCAAGGGACAAAGCUUGGGUCCGUGGUCGCCUCGGAGAGCGGCUUUGUGCGUGGUGUCAUUGAAGCGUACAAUGAGCAUCUCGACCUUGUCCUUCGACCCGAUGACAUUUGGCUCGCGAUUCUGAUCCAGUUUGGGAUGUACGUGGACGGCCACGCCGAGGAGCUCCGGUCGUCGCUCGUCAAGCAUGACGGCCAGAAGGAGCUCGUCGUUUACGCCAGUGGGACGUUGUACUCGGUCGACAUCGGCGCGCUAUCGAAACAAAUGGUCGACAAGAUGGACGAGCACCUCGUGGACCCUAGCCUCAAGCACUGGGUGCUCCCGUCCUUCUCGACAACGACCGACCACGACGUCAUUGUCGCCAGCGUCGUCCUCAUGGCCACGAUGAAAACGUACUUUUCGUACAAGUUUUGCCUCCGCUGCGGCAUUCCGCAGGUAACGCUCCUCGGCACCGUCGGCGAUUGGGAAGACAUUCGCCGUCGCCUCGACGAGCUCGCAGCUUAUGGCGAGCGCAUGACGCAGUGGGCAGCGAUGCUCGCACCCAUCCUCGAUCAGUUUGUCGCAGCGGCCAAGGGCCACGCAAACGUUGCGUUUUGGGACCGCAUCUGCAGCCACCAAGGCGGCGGUUCAGGCCCAAGCUACCUCAGCGGCUGGAUCAGCGUCUUUUGUGUCUUUAGUGACAAGGGCGAGUGGCAAGGCGACCAUAUGUCCGAGAUGCGCUGGGAGCGCAAGCCCGAUGCCGACGUGAACGGGAGCAACGUCGCGGACUAUGUUGAGGUCCUCGUUCCCUAUGACUAUCCGCUCGUGGACAUGGAGGACAUUCCACCAGGGUACCUCACGGUCGACGUGACGAUCGAUGACAACGGCAUCGAGCACAAGGCGCUCAUGUUUGCGGGUCACAUGGCGUAUGCUGUGGGCGGCAACCAGACGUCGAUUGCGCCGUCGCUGAGCUGGGCGAUCGCGCUCAAGAACGGCGAGCCCGCACCACCGAGCAAGCGAGAGCUCUUGUUUGAGAAACGCGCCGCGCAACGAGCGCAGGCCACCGCUGCAAAUGAGCACUAG